CAGGCCGUAAGGGGGUUGUAAAAAAAAUUAAUUAAAGCUAUUCCAUAUUUUCACUUAAAAUUAUGCAAUUUCCUUGGAUUCUACGGAACUACAAUCCCGCGCUCAGUUUCGUAUUUGCAUUCACUUUUCAUCUGGCCUUCCUUGCCUGGUUCAUCGCUUGCUUGGUCACUCUCCAGACAUCAAGAAGCAGGUUGUGCCUGUGAACAACAUGGUCGGUAAAAGAGCAUGGGUUUCACCAGCUCAUAUUCAAAAUGCGUCUGACAUAAAUGGCACGACUCUUGGUCGCAAGGGCAGCUCGAUGGAUCGUGAUCGAGAAUAUGGUACACAUCCACGGAAAACCCGUCUGAAACCCUCUCUUCUGCGUUUUAGAGAGAACGUGAACAGAGCUCUAGAAGACCGGCGCCGCGAGGAAAUAAAAAACAAGCUGAUCGAGGAAGUCUACCGAGAAAAGUUCGAGGAGUACAGGAAGAGUGAUGACUUUCUCAGGAACUGCAAGAACAAGAAGGUCAGGAAAUUUUACGAGGAUCAAAACGAAGCGUGCAACGAUUGGCUGGAGGUCGAUACAGUUGUAAGAAGCAUCGCAGACGACAUUUUCGAGAGCUUCGAUCCAGAUGCAGAUCACGACGGUAUCCCUGAGCGACGAGGGGCGUUGCAAGACCUUGGCGAGGAUGUGGAAGCCUUUUUGCCGGAGGAUGAGCGACGAAGGAGAAAAAAGGCGAAGCGGAGGGCACAGUGGGCUAUUUCUGUCAACAUUAUAUCCAACGUCAUCCUGCUUAUUGCAAAAGUUAUUGCAGUAUUCUUCUCGCCAUCCCUCUCGCUAAUCGCAUCUCUGGUAGACUCCGCACUAGACCUGUUUUGUACCAUCAUAGUAUGGGUCACCAACAAGCUCGUUUCAUGGAGGCUGUUGAGCUUGCGACGCCGUUUCCCUGUUGGAAGGAGGAGACUAGAACCGUUGGGUAUCCUGGUAUUCUCCGUGAUCAUGGUCGUGUCCUUUGCACAGGUACUUCAAGAAUCAGUCGAGAAACUACUACCGUCUGGAGAUCACACCACGGCUUCGCUUGGCGGUAUUGCUAUCGGCGCCAUGGUAGCAAACAUCGUAGUCAAAGGUAUAGUUUGGAUUGGUUGUAUUCCGAUUAAGACCACCCAAGUGCAGGCACUCGCGCAAGACUGCAAGACCGAUGUCUACUUCAACACUCUGUCGCUGCUCUUUCCGCUUAUCGGAAAUAAGCUCGACGUCUGGUGGCUUGAUCCUACGGGGGCAACAAUCUUGUCUCUCUAUAUUAUCUACGACUGGACCGGAACAGCCUUUGAGAAUAUAACCCGUCUUUCCGGAUCGGCUGUCGAGGAUCGAAUACAGCGAAGGCUCACCUUUCUCGCGUAUCGAUUCUCUCCCAUCGUUGACGGCUUCAAGACAAUCACUGCCUACCACGCUGGUGAUGGAGUUUGGGUAGAAGUAGACAUACUACUAGAUCCGAACACGAGUGUGAUGAAGGCUCACGACAUUAGCGAGACACUGCAAUAUUGCUUGGAAGGGCUACCGGAGGUGGACAGGGCCUUUGUCACAGUUGAUUACGCAAUGGAGGGUCCUAGUGGACAUACAACAGGUCUAAUAACAGCUUAGGCCUGGUUGAACUAUAAGAAACGUCCUACUUCGUAUGACAGGUUUUUGGAAAAAGUCUCGACGAAAUUCUAAAAUACUCUGAAACGAUUUUUCCUUCAACAUUUCGUGGAAAUCCGGCGAGACCGAACACUAAUCUACGAUUGCUGUACUUGCAUUUUCUUCAUUCAAACUCCUCUGCAUGUUCUUCCCGCUCUUCGUAUUUGCCGGGCGCAAGCUAUGCAUGAAACCCAGCAACGUGCUCUAAAGCAACCAG